CGCCAAAAUAUCAGGCUCCACAUAGGCAUCUGGUCAUCUCUCCACGACCGUGUAUUAACUUUCUCAGCGUGUGCUCCUUGAGACGAAAUGAUGGACAUUGUUAUAAGUUUCUGUUGUUCCUGAAGCACCUCACGGGACGACAGGCAGACGGCAGCGCGCCUCUCCACUGCUGAUAUCAGACUAACAUGUAAUUCGAGGGUGAUGCUAUGGUUUAUGAUAUACGGCUAGUUUUAUGUGUUCUACGAUAGGCGGAUAGGACUUACGUAAGGUUCAAGCUAGCCCUGUGAAACAGUUAGAUAUUGGUUAUUGUCACAAGAUGAGAAAAUCUUAGGAGUAUUUGCGGGAUUUUUGAUUUUACCCAGUGUGAUGGAGGACGAUUCUUCAACAAAUCUAGAGUUACGACAAAGUUCGUCGAGUAAACAAUCAUCUAUCAGAAGUGCUCCCAAGCCUCAACGAAAGGAGUCGUCUGAUUCAGUUCGUAAAAAUUCAGACAAUAGUGCAAAAAGUUCAAUCAAAAAAGGAUUCCAAUCUACAGCCAGUAUAAGAUCAGGACUUGAAGCUGGGCAGACGACAAGAAAUGGAAAGGACUAUUACGAUGAGGCCAGAAAAACGGUCGAAAACCAGAAUCGGGACACUUUUGACACACCAGUUUUGGAGAGCAAACCUCCGAAUUAUCUUUGGUUGGCACUUUUUACGACCAUAUUCUUUAACCCUCUAACAGGAAUCGUUGCAUUGGUUAUGGCCAUUCAAGCAGAUAACGAGUACAUCAAUGGAAAUUCCGCCAAGUGUAGGAGACUGGGCAAGAUCGUCCGUGUGAUAUCGAUUGUAUCGAUACUAUUGACGAUUAUCAUCAUCACGAUCGUCAGUAUCGUCCUCAACAUUUAGCUGUCGUCUGCUCCUCGCUCCAUGUCUUCCUCAGGGAUCGAUUCUCGCCUUGUGAUUUAUUAAUAAGUGGAAUAAUCUCCACAUAUAAGAUAUAUUAAAUUUUAAUUCUAGUUUGUCUUCCAUGUAAAUGUUUACUGUGCUUAUUUAUGAUUAUUAUCCAAAUUUCUUCAACCUCCAGACUAAGAUGAAACUGUGCAUUCAUUUUACAGAUGUAUGUGUAUAUACUUGAAAAAUAUGACGAUGAAUGUUUAUACUUAGAUAAUAAACCAGAUUCUUUUUGUUAUCCUUA